AUGUCACAAUUAGAGGAUCUUCCUGAUGAGCUGCUCAUGCAAAUAUUAAAAUUUCUCAUUGGAGAAAAGUUCGAAAAACAUCAUCAUGCUCUCCAAGCGAUCGAUAAUGCAAAAUUUGAAAAUAAAGAAUUGUCAGGAUGCUACACUACUUGGAACAGAUGGGAACGAGCCAGAUCGGAUAUUGAUUAUUUUGAUUUAGCAAAUUUAAUUAUACCUUUAUGUGGUGUGAAUAGACACAUGAGAGAAUUGAUUAGAAAGAGUGAGAGUUUUAUAAUGUUUUGGAGAAGAUAUUUUGACCGAUCUUUGGAUAUGAUGAAGUUUUUGGCAAAUGCUCCGAAAAGAAUUAAUGUUCCAAGCGUUGAUGAUUAUUCCUUGAUGGGAAUUUCGUGUAUGGAGUUGAGUGUUGGGAAGGACUUUUCCAAUAUGCAAGCUUAUUCAAAGGUAAAAAAGAGAGUGGAAUAUUUCUAUUCAACUGAGGUUGCUUUAAUUGAGAUAUUUUGUGAAUUGUUUCAUGAUACAUUCGGAAGUAAUGUUGCUGUUGAAAUUCAAAGUCUAACAAUUGGCAAUUCCAAUUUGGAAAAAUUGAAUGAAGUUCUUAAAGUUAUUGAGGAGAGAUUUCCUAACAUUUCCAAGCUUGCAGUGCUGGAAUCACACACCAAUACGAAGAAUCAAAAUGUACCUCAAUUUGAAAUUUCUGAUGAACUUAAAUUGGAUCACUUGGAGAUUUUUACGUGUUCCAUUCUCGAUAUUCAAACAGCUUUGCCUCAGAGAUUUAAAAAUCAGUUAAAAGAAGUUAUGUUAUACGAAUCACUCAGUGAUAUGCAUUCAUUCGAGAAUUUAGAAUCUGUUGGGGUUUAUAGGUUUGGUGGUCUAUCUACUUAUUCUAAAAAUUGGACAAGAAAAUUUGAUUCCUCAAUUGAGCUAGUUCACGACAAGGUAUCUAUUCUAAGUGCAAUAUCAGUUAAGGACCAAGCUUUAAUGUACGCUUUUUCAAAACAUUACUUUUCAAAUCUGAAAGAACUGUACCUUACCUACUAUCAAGCAAAUAUUUUGUUGGAUUCAAAUUUUAUACUACCUCACUUGGAAAUAUUUUGUUCAGAUGGACUUACUACAUUUGAUGGUGUAGAGUUGCCGAAAUUAUGGAGACUUGGAUGUUAUCAAAGAAGGUCAACUGUUGUUAUCACAGAAAGACAGAAAAAGCUACUAAGCUUGCGAGAUGUAUCAUGCCACAUUGAUAACAGUGAUUUCUUAAAUACUCCAAACCUAGAAAAGUUAGCUGUUUCCUCUUAUUCACCAAUUACCUUGACAGGAUUGACCAAGUUAAAAGCUAUCCAUAGUACUUCUUGCCCAUCUUUUGUAAUAGAUAAUUGUGCUUCAUUGGAAUAUGUAAAUACAGAGAGGGGUGCAACCAGUCUAAAGAUUAUGAAUCAAAAAAGAAUUGAUCAUAUCUCACAUGGACUCUACUCUGAUGUGGCAAGUCCAAGUUUGGACUUGGAUUGUGAAAGUUGUGGUACUAUUUACGUUAAUGUGGGCACACAAGUCAACCAGUUUAAUGUGAAACACGUGUCAAGAUUGGUAAUUUAUGAGGAUGUUCUUAUUGCAAAAUCGUUUGUGGGUAAGGUUGGAAAUACUACAGUAGAUGAAUUGGAAUUUAAUUUAUGGGUAGGAAAUGAAACGGAAAUGAUCCAACCAAUUACAAGCCUCAUUCAAGAGUUUAAACAAGUUGGAAGAGUUGUUAUUGUAAGAUCUAACUACCAGGAUCUUUUUUAUUAUACCACAGCAAUAUUCGAGAAUACAGAGACAAACAAAAUUGCAGACUUUCUAAACACUUCCUUAGUGAAUGAGAAUACUAUUUAUACGAGUGAACUCACACGAUCACAAAAGGUUGAAAUUCAUUUAGAGAAGAAACUUAUAAUGCUAUCAAAAUGUGAAAAGCUGGAAAAUUUGCAAGCUAAAGGCGGUAUCAUUUCCAUAGACCUCAACCCAUUGAAGAAUCUAAGAAAACUGUAUUUGACAAAGGUCUCACUUUUCAGCCAUUCAUUCCUCACUGAAAAUAUGAAUAGCAUUAGUGAAAUUAUUAGCAAUCUAAACAAUCUACCAGAUGAUAACAUUGAAUGUCUUAAUUUGGCCAUGCUACCACAUAUUCAAAAGAUUAGAAUUUCCCAAUGUCAAAGCACAAAAUAUUAGCCUUUCACACCUCAAACAACUAAAUCUCUUUGCAAAUGACAGAUUACAACUCAAAGUGACCAAUUUACAAUUACCCAACCUACAAUCACUCAUCAUUUACAACAAUCCAAACAUUGAACGAGAUUCAACUUUUGAUAUUACCACACAAAAGUCUCUAAUUUUCAAAUUAUUGCAACCAAUCCCAAUGCAAACCAUUGAAACUAUAUUGAACCAGCAAUAAUAAUGAAUCUUUUCAAGUUAAUCUUCUCCAAUAAAAACUGGAAGUAUGAACAGCAAAAAUUGUAAACCAAGCAAAGUUCUUC